GCACAACCUACCAGUAAAAAACUAUUUCCGUAAGCCCUUCCCUUUCCCUCCUUCAUUCUCCUCCUUUAUUCCCUUCUCCUUUGCAGCCUUGUUACGGGCGUCAGACUUAAGCGCCGUGGGCGUUAAGGCGAUGGAACAGGAAAUGUAUGGGCGCGCUGCCGAGUGGUUCGAGGCCGCCCGCGAUGCAGUAGAAAACGAGGCAGAACAGGAAGCAUCACAAAGCACCACUAAGAGUGACACUCUUCGCCGCCAGAUGGAUCUCCUGCUUCAUAUCUCUACUUCAUUACAUGACCUCCUGCUGACCCGCCGAGGCUUCACUGGCCAGACUGGCAUCUUCCCCGAGCAGCUGUCACAGAUUUCCCUCAUGGAACAGAAGGAGUCUGACGUGACCCCUCCUGACCUCGGGAAGCUUGGAAAAGAUGACCCCUUGAGUAUCACCGUCAGCCCUAGGGAUGAGCUUGCCUUCUCCAGGCUUUGUCGAGGCCACAGGUUAUUGACUCCACCCGAGGAGAGUCGCCUGAAGUGCCGGACUGACGCUCGAGGCUCACCCUACCUCGUCCUCAUGCCCGCCCGCGUCGAAGAACUCAGCCUCGACCCGCUGAUCCUCGCCUUCAGGGACAUCCUCUCCAACCGCCAGAUCGAGGAUAUCAAGGACUUGGCGCGUCCUGUUCUGGAGCAAGCAGCCACGGCCUUUGGGAUCAACAGCGGCACCAUCAGCGUGAGGUCGUCGCACACGGCGUGGCUCCGGGACGACACUCACGCCACCGUCAGGAGUGUCGGCGUCAAGGUGGCGGCCCUCACAGGGCUAGUCUUGACAGAGGACGCGGGAGGAGAGGUUCUUCAGGUUAACCUCUAUGGCUCUGCAGGCCACUACAUACCCCAUCACGAUUUCGUCGGUGCUCACUACAAGGCUUGGGAGAUGCAGCCUCCCGAUGACACUAUCCUGGCCGGACACCCGAACGGAGACCGCAUUGCCACCUUCAUGUUUUAUAUGAAUGACGUGGAAGAAGGCGGCCGGACCGUGUUUCCAAGGGCGAGAGUGGGCGUGGAACCGAGAAAAGGAAGUGCUGUGUUCUGGUGGAACCUUCUGCCCAACGGAAUGUCGGACUUCAGGACCCUGCAUGGAGCGUGCCCCGUCAUCAGAGGCACCAAGUGGGUGAGCAACAAGUGGAUCAAACACCACCCGCAGCUUCACCGACGUCCGUGUCCUGCCAUCUGAAUGUGGAUUCCUGUCUGGCGUGGCCAUAAAGUACAUGAAAGCUUACAUGUAUACUUUGUAUUCGUGUUAUGCAAACGUAUAUGCUCACAUGCUAGCAGUUUUAGUAUUAUUAUUGUUACUGUGAUGAGUAUUAUUGCUAAUAGGGCUCUGUAAGUAUGAAAGUCCUUCUUCUCUUAGCAUAUGUGGAAAUAACAGCCAUUCAGAAUAGCAAUAAAGGUUCUGUAAAUGUGUUUAGGAUGUUGGUUCAUCUCUCAACUGCAGUACUUUACCAUAAACAAUUAUAUAUAAAUGGGAGUGUGAACACCCUUAUUGACAAUGAAUAAACAUAUUAGCAGUUAAUGAUACAAAUGUUGCAAGUAAACAUCAACAUUGUGUAUGAAAUUAUCCCUAUGAAAACACCAAAAACAAAAAACAAAUAAAUAAUACUGGUAUAUUCA